CAAAUAAUAAUCUUCCUCUACCAUCACAAUACUUGAAGCUUCAAAAAUUCUUUGAAAAAGAAAUGCACACUGGAGAAUUAUCGGACGCCCAGCCGCUUCACAUUGCGUGUGCGGUUCGAACGGUUCAGGAGUGUUCGGUCACAGGAGAAACCAAACAUGUCUCAACCAACCAUAAACUGACACCACAUAAUAAUCGGUAAGUUUAUAAGAUUACCAAUGGUGAUGACCCACGUGGAGAAACACGAACUAGCCAGUCUGGCAACUGCAGAGAAAAAACAUUAGAGAUAAUUGCAGAUAAUCGAAAGCCCUAAAGUAUUUGCAUUCCAAUCUCUGCUCCAACAUAAAAAGUUAGAAUAGAAAAUUAAAAAGAAAAAAAUCAGUGGAGAGACAAAAAGCAGAACCAUAUGAUUACAUCUCUGAAAUCUGUUAAAUAAAUAGGCUUCCAAAUUCCGAUUCCUUAUAAAUUCUUCUACCCUAGAAGUGGAUAAUUCAUCAAAUUGAGUUUGCAGUGAAUUUGGCAGCUGUCUGUUUUUGGAAUUGAAAAGAAACAAAAUAAAAAUGUGGGGUUUUGGAGGAAGAUGUUAUUGGGGAAGAAAAGAAAGGAAAAGGGAAGGGAUAGUAGUGGUAUUUGCGUGGAUGUCUAGUCAAGAAAGACAUGUUAAGCCCUAUGUAGAGCUCUACUCUUCGUUGGGUUGGAAUUCCCUUGUUUGUCACUCCCAAUUUCUCAACAUGUUUUUUUCCGAGAAGGCUGAAACUUUAGCACUUGAUAUCCUCAAUGAAAUUAUUGAGGAGCUAAAGAUGAGGCCAUGCCCUCUAGUCUUUGCAUCUUUUUCUGGAGGUCCAAAAGCCUGCAUGUACAAGGUUAUUCAGAUUGUCGAUGGGAAAUGUGAAUUACAAUUGAAUUUGGAUGACUGUCGAUUGGUUAGAGACUGUAUUGCGGGUCAUAUCUUUGAUUCUAGUCCAGUGGAUUUUACAAGUGAUCUAGGGAGACGAUUUGCUGUUCAUCCAUCUGUUCUUAAAAUGUCUCAUCCACCAAGAAUACUAUCAUGGAUGGCAAAUGGCAUCAGUAAUGGUCUAGAUGCUCUCUUCCUCAAUAGGUUUGAAUCACAGCGUGCUGAGUAUUGGCAGACUCUGUAUUCUUCUGUUAGCUUGGGAGCCCCAUAUCUCAUUUUGUGUUCAGAAAAUGAUGAACUUGCUUCAUAUCAAGUUAUUUUUAAUUUUGCUCAAAGACUUCGGGAACUUGGGAGUGAUGUAAAGCUUGUGACUAUGAAUGGCUCUCCUCAUGUAGGUCAUUUUCGGCAAUAUCCAGUUGACUACAAGGCUGCUGUGACUGAGCUUCUUGGUAAGGCAUCAACAGUUUACUCACAAAGAAUACGACGACUUGAAGGAGAAGGAAUGAGUGUAGAGGGGGGACAUGAUGAGAUCUCGGAACCAAUGUCUGACCUUAGGAAAGCAGCUGCGAGUCCAAGCCAGAGCUUCCGUGGGGUUACUAUCCAACCAAGUGACCAUUUCUACAUGCCAAGCUCAGUGGGGUAUUAUGAGGGUAGAGAUGGGGGUUCCUUGCAAGACGAACAGAAGGAAGGCUUGAUUCAUUUGCCUAGCCCUCCAAAAAUUAAUGCUCACGGAGUACUUGGUCAAAUCCUUUUUGAUGUCUGCGUUCCAAAGAAUGUUGAAGAUUGGGAUAUAAGGUCGUCGACAUCCUUGAGUAGACAACCAUAUACAUCCAUGCGGAGACAUGCUCCAUUUAACCCCAUCAAAUGUAUACGUCGUUCAAGAUUGUAAAAUCUGCCCGCCACUGACAUAUGAAAGGCUGAUGAUAAGCAUGUGAAUACGCUGUAUUUGUAUUUGGUGGUCUGAAGAAUUAUUCCGGUGGAUCUCAGAGCAAAGAAGGCAACGCUUUGUCGAAAACUGACAAGAAUUCCCUAGGAGAAUGAACAAAGAAACUUGAGAUGUGAAAUUGCAAUAAUUUGAUGUUUCUUCAUAACCAAUAAGGCUAUUGCUGCCAUUACUUGAUCUGGCGGUGUCUAUUCUAACGAAAUGUACAGUGACUUUAGUGGCAAAGUUUUUGUAGUUCAUUUCUGAAAAAUUCUUGCAA